AUGGCAUUCGCAGGGAAACGCCACGCGCAAGAGCUCAAGAAGCUGGAAAAGACUGAUGUCAAGAUAUCAGAGGCGAGACUCUUCAACCCAUACGCGACCACACAGAACGUAAUUGACGACAUCGAUGAGCUGUUGCCUCGCCUCUCUCCUCACCAUCCUGAGAUUGCCGAGUUGCUUCAGACGGCCAAGGCGGAGCCCGUGACACCCUUUACCAUCCAUGGGCAUUGUGACGACAGCGAGACGAAGACUUGGCCGAGGACCGACCCUGCUAUGGAUCGCUGGUUUCCGGAUGCCGUUGAGCAAGCUCCGUACAUAAAACACCCGCCCCUCUGGUUAGACCAGCGCGCAGCAAACCAUGUUAAGCCGUGUCAGGUCGCAUGCCGCAUCGUCCUCUACAUCAACCACCCGGAGUGCUUCAAGAGGUAUCGAGCCCACGUUACCACGAAGGCCCAACAUCGGCAAGCCCUCCGAGAGCGCCUUGUGGACCUGACAAUGGUCUACUUUGGUCGGCCGGUCUCUCUCCCCGCCUUUCUGUCCACCACGCAGACAUGGCACCAGCACUCGACUGGACAGCUCGUUCCACUGCGCGUCUUUGCCGACUUCCUCGACGGUGAUGGCGACGAGACAGAGCUGAGGACAGCGCUGACGUGGCCACGAACUCCAUCUGGCUUCGAGUGCCUCCGCGACUGGCUUCAAGGUCGGUCAUCUACCGUUGCAGAGAUUUCGAAGAUCGCGCUCAUCUACAAGGUGCACACCGUCGCCGGUAAAUAUUGUCGGAAAUUCUUCCAGAGCGCCGAGAUGGUUGCGCAGUAUGGGCCAAGGGCAGCUACGUUUGAAAAGGCGAUGGAGCGUAUGUGGGACAAGACCGCGCUGAUCGAAGAAGACGACGACGACGAAGAAGAGGGACCUCCAAGGAAGAGGACCAAAGUGACGGGCGUCAAGGCCGGCCUAUCCAAGGAAGGGUACGAUCGCCAGAUCUACAAGGUGUUCCAGACGAAGCUCGCCACUGAUGACGACAUGGCCAAAGAGAGGCUAGAGAAGAAACGCCAGACAAGUCGUGAUUGGCACGCCGCACAGAAGGCGAAGGUCGAUGCCAUGGAUGAGAAGAAACCAUCCAACGAUGCGGUCGACAAGAACAAGAAGUCGACUACGAAGAAGGCACCGAGCAAGUCCCUAGAGUCAGGGCGCCGGUCGAGAGCCCUCCGCGAUCUGAAGAUCGCACAAGGGGAUCCAACGGCCAUGAGAGCAAGAGAAAGCAGAGGGAGCAGCAGGCCAAGUGGACUCAGGCCCAGAAGGUCAAGGUCAAGGCGUUUGACUUGCAGCAGGCUGAGAAUCAGAAGAAAGCGGAAGACGAGCAGAACUAGAAGAACACUUAAUACUCAUGUUCAGUAG